AGUUCUGCUGAGUGGACAUUUAGCCGGAACAAGUCCUGGCGGUAUUAUGACACACUCUCAAAUUGUGCAGAGAUAACAGCUAGAAAUGGAAACUGCUUUUGGCCCAACAACUUGGCGGAAAGAUUUAUCAUUGGAAUCCACACCAAAUUUUUUGCAAACUGUACUUUAGACACAGUAAUAUUGGAAGAUCCCCCGGAUGACAUUCUCACAGCUCUUAUUUUAAUUCCUGUCUUCUUGACAGCAGCAAUGAUCAGUUUAGUGGUUUGGUGCAGUAAAGGAAGUGAUAUUUUUGGAUGAACCAAUUUCUGUGAAAUUUGGAAAAUGUUGUAGAAAGCAAAGAGAAGUACUAAAGGAAGAACAGCCAUUUAAAGACCAUACAUUAAUAAUCAAAUGCAUAGAAAAUGUAAUGUGAUGUUGAACAUGUGCAUCUGUGAUAUUCCGACCUAUACAGGACAUAACAAUGGUCUAUGAAGGUAGUAGAAAUGUCUUAUUUGCUUACUGUUGUUUUUCAGUAUACUUGGUUCUUUUUUCUGAACCAACUUUCUUCUCUACAAAGCACUACCCUUCAUGUACAGCUGGAUUUCCAGGGUUGUGUCUAUUGCGGUGUUAUUUUAUUCCCUUUGCAGCAGAUAUGUUUUAACAAGGGAGAAACAAUGACUCACGGCUGGAUGACUGGACAACAGAUGUUAAUAUCAAUCAUUGUCCUUAUGUAGACUAUUGUAACAGGAUGUGUAUUGUAUUGUGUGUUUUUUGUAAGACCUUAACAGUUACAAUAUUAUAGAAUCAAACUUAAAGGCUUGUUUUGUAAGCAGACUUUAUAUAUUUUUUAGGUUUUCCACUGCCAAUAAUACUACUAACUCAGUAAAUGGAAAGCAGCUACAAUGCUAUAUUUACACGGUGUAAAAUUAUUAGCAAAAGACAUCUGUAAAAUAGGAAUAAGAUAUGUCUAUAUUUUUGAGUUAAUAAUGUGCACAAUGAAAGUCUAUGGUCAACCUACUCUGAGUGCAAACAUUAUUUAGAAAAGCUUCACAAAUUCCAAUGUUGGAAUUUCAGAAAUUUUUUGUACGGUUACAGACACUUUAUCAUAUACUUUCACUGUGCACAUUAUUUGAUCAAAAAAUACAGACCUAUUUUAUUCCUAUUUUAGGUACAUAUUUUGCUAUUCACGAUGUGUAAACAUAGCACAAAUCUGCAAAUACGUUAAUUUCCAUAACAUUAAAAUUAUUGGGCAAUCCCCAUUUCUGCCCUUCAAGCAUCCCUGACCCAUUAAGGUGUGAGCUUCACAAGACUUCUGAAGAUGUAAUGAAUUCCAGGAGUCCAUAGACUUAAAAGUACAUAAAAGAGUGCCAGUUAAUGUAUAUUUUGCAUUUGUUUUUGGGCAAAAAUGAGGUGUGCUUUACUUGUUAUAAAACUAAAACUAGUGAUGUUUGCCCAUGCUAUUUGCCAUUGAAGUUUUGCAAGAAAUCUAUACAAUAUAUCUUUUUGAAAAGUAUGUAAAUGAAGAAAAAAGAAACAGGUCGGAGCUGUGAGUAUAGUUAUCCAAUGUGGAUAGCUGUUAAGUAGGUGUAUUGUAUUGUGAACUUCUUUUACAUUAAAAUUGGGUUUCCAUUCCUGUUUGACAACUAAAAUAGCAAAGUCUUCUACAAUCUUCUUUCCAUGAAAAAUACCAGAACCUGAUAUACAGUAAUCCAUUUUAAAGAGAAACUGACAGCUUGUUCACCUCACUAAACUUUAUAUACUCAAUUACAGUGCGGGUGAACAACUUUAAAAACAGAUGUCACUUACUUUAAUUGC